AAAAAAGUCCUCGUCAUGGGUAUCGGCCAGGAAGGCAAUGUCAAGUGGGUGGAUGGCUUGCGAGGUCUCGCCUCCGUAACCGUCGUGUUUUCCCAUCUUUCUCGCGCUUUCGUUGGAGAGGUUUUCGCCGCUGCCAGCAACGCAGAAACCGAAGGAGAAUUUCUAUCCCCAGCAUGGUACCAACUACCUUUUGUCCGUUUACUGUUCCAAGGUCGCCUUGGUGUUUCCAUCUUCGCUCUCGUAACCGGCUAUGUUUGUGCCCUUAAGCCCAUCAAGCUGUACCGCCAGGACAAUCCAGAAUCCGCCUUCAUUGCUAUUUCGAAAUCCGCUUUACGCCGCUUUCCGCGUCUAUUUUUCCCUGCAGCCUUUGCGACAGUUGUAGUCUGGCUACUUGUCGAGACGGGACUGUACACCAUCGCAAAACACACCGACAGUUUCUACCUCGAUGUCAUGAGCCAACCGAGAAUCGGAAGCCUGUUCCCUGCUUUGAACAAGUUAAUCCAGGAGAUUACGGCAACGUGGACUAGAAGGAAGAAUGACUACGACUCCGCUCAAUGGACUAUGCUACCGCUUUUGCAAGAAAGUACAGCCAUCUACGUUUUCCUCGUUGCGACCGCAUACAUCAAGAAUCGUGCUCGCAUGCUGUGUGCAUUGGGAAUGGUUGCUUUCUACUGGUUGUCCAGUGACUCACUCUUUGGACUGUUGGGCUUUUUUGGCAUCUUCCUUGCUGAGUUCCAGAUGGACGAUUGGACCAACGCCUUCCUCUCUACCCAACCUAUUAUUGCCCCCAUCGUCUCGACCAUCAACAUUGUCUUUGGCAUGUAUAUUGCCUCGUACCCCGAAGCCAACAUCGAAGCCAUGUCUUGGUCUCGCAACCUACACAGUUUUUUCACAGCCAUCCUACCGAAAGAUCCCGAUUACGGCCAUUUCAGCAGCAGCAUCGGUCUCAUCUUCAUGAGCUUAGGCAUUGCUCUUAGUCCGUUCUUGCAGAGGGCUCUGAGCACCAAAUACCUCCUUUUCUUCGGCCGUAUGAGUUUCGCAGUGUACCUCCUCCACCACAGCAUGAUGAAGACAGUGCUGGCAUGGAUGCUUUACGGCAUUCACACGAAGCCUGCGCACAUGAACGACAAGAACGAGCCAGAAAUCACACGAUUGGAAUACCCUGGCCACGCCACUCUGUUGAUGUGGAGCAUUGUCUGGUGGCCCAUGUUGUACGGCGUAGCGUACCUCUGGACCUCGCACGUCGAUCCCCGCUGCGAAAGACUCGCAAACAAACUGGUCGAAUGGGUCAAGCUUGACAACGCGAAGCAAUCUAACGGGUAUUUACCUGUGGCUCCCAUGCUGCAAGUGCAGCCAUCCCAUGCGCACCAGAACGGUCCGCCAGCAUGAGUAUCUCGUUCGCAAACGUUUCGUUUUAUUUCUCUUUCCUUUGUGCUAUCGUCUCUCUCCUACGAGUACACAGCUUGCAUCGUCAGCGUCGUUGAUGUGACUUUUUUCCCUUUGUAUAGCAUGGGUUUAGCCAACCCCUUUCCAGGAGUCCUUUUGUUCUCUAUUUUUUUUUCCUGACAACCAAAAUUCUCGGAUUCUUAAGACUACGACACCGCAAGCUUCUGGCAAGACUUUCAUCUUGCUUUUCGGAAGUCAUGGCACGGCGUCUUGGAAGUGGGUCAGGACAAAAAGACAUGUAGUUGUUGUGUCUGUUCCUCCCCUGUCUGCGUCUGCUAGCGACACACGCCAUCAGUUAUGUAUAACCUGUAUACGUUUUCAACUACUGCGGUCGCCUUCGUAGAUACCUUAUGUUAUGUUAUUUAUAGGCCAUUUAUUUUCAUUUUUAUUACAGCAGAAAAUAUCAUCAGCAUUAUAAUUCAUACAACUCCACACUAAACCUUGCCUCGAUCUAAAAAGUCAGCCAUCGCGACCUUCCAUCCCCAACAUCUGAAUACUUUAUCCAUCCCCAUCCCCAAAACCACACAAAACCUCAACCCAGUAUCCACCCCACCCUUCCAAAUACCCCCACCUAAUUCCUUCCAUCCCACCGUUUUGGACUCGACUUCCUAAUCCAGUAAACUUCCUACAUGACCCUGACUACUCUUUCCCUUCCCAAUCUCACCUCAUCAUCAUCCUCACUAUCAUCAUCAUCAUUCGCCGUCAGCAACCGCCCGCCCCCGCCUCGCCCCGCCCACGUCGGAUAGGAAACGAAUGACCUGCCUAUUCUUCUCGCCUGGUCAACUAGUGAUCCGUCAUCAAUUAAUUAGAGCGCCCCGUUUGGAUGACCUACUACCUACACUAUAUAAGUAGCAAACUUGUUGUGCUAAUUUAAGAAUUGCUUGCCGAGGGAUUUGCGGUCAUCGAUUAUCCCGUCAGCAUUUCGACAUCUUGUCGAUUGCGCUAUUGGAUAGACACGAGGAAACGCACGAUAUCGGCUUCUCUACUAACUCCGCCCCCGUGAUGGAUGGAUUUUGGGGCGGUUGAUGCUUGCCAUUCACUGCUCUUGGCACGUCUCUCGUCGUUUUUUUUUUUUUUUUGGUCUGCGCGCGUGGUGGCAUCAUCUCUCUUGUUUUCCUUCUUUUUAUUCCCCAUAGAGUGGGAUGUGGUGUGGCAUAUUAGAGUAGGUAUCUCAACUGACGCAUAACAUUUUCUCAUAUAAUGCAUACCUAGGUACAUACCCAGGUGCUCGCCUAUCCAAAAGAAAACCUCCCAUCUCUUUCUAUCCAAUGGACAAGCCAAAGCUAUUGUCUACGUAAAUCGAGAAAUCAUCUCACAGCUCCAGCCACUCGCAUUAACCAUCCAAUCUCACACCCUGGUUUCCUCGCAAGCAUGUAGGGCGUUACUCCUUAUGCGGGGCGUAACGUCAGACUCGAAUCUAUGGCAGCCAGCCAGCCAGCCACAUUGUUUUCCUCUAUUCCUCUUCUUUUUUUUCUUGCUUUGCCAUCGCAUCUUUGCCUAUAUGGAAGCCUUGCUUGGGGGCUUGGCAUUGGCUUCUUUUGCGAUGGAUGGCGCGUUUUGGUGUGUGUGUUAUGGUCUGUGGAGAGCUGAAAGUCAUAUCUUAAUUU